CGCAGCCAGUGCGCCGAGGAGGAGGGUCGGGUGAAAGCGGAGCGGAGGGAGAGAGGGGGGAGACGGUCCCCGGGCCCUCAGGAGCAUGCGGGGCUCGUCCCUUCCGACCCUACGUCAGCCGCGACUCUUUAACACGCUGUCGGCCCCGGGACGCGCACACAGAGGGGUGCGCGCAGAUGACAGCGGCGGGGCGAGGAUGUGGCACACCUGCGAGCAGCGGCGGCGCGUCGCGCGCGUCUGAAACGGGACGAGUUCUGGAUUCGAUGCCUUUGCAGCUCUCGCCCAGUGAUGAGUUGGCUCCUGUUGUGGAUUCUAACCGCAGGCGGGAUUCAACAGGCCUUCUCCCAGAAUUCCACUGCCACGCCGCCUGCCUCAGGUUUCACAUCCCCACCUGUGGACGUGUACAACCGGACGCAGUACUGCAUAUGGCCCUGCGAGUGUCCGGUGGUCGCCCCCACCUGUCCGCCGGGCGUGAGCCUCCUCAUGGACGGCUGUGACUGCUGCAAGACCUGCGCCCGGCAGGUGGGCGAGGUGUGCAACGAGGCAGACACAUGCGACUACCACAAGGGACUAUACUGUGACUACAGCUCGGACAAGCCUAGGUACGAAAAAGGAGUGUGUGCAUAUAUGGUGGGUACAGGCUGUGAGCAUGAUGGUGUGAUCUACCGUAACGGGCAGAGCUUCAAGCCCAGCUGUAAAUACCAGUGUGUGUGUGUGAAUGGUGCCAUCGGCUGUGUGGCACUGUGCACAGAGUCCCAGCCUCCCCGGGUGUGGUGCCAGACCCCGCGUCGGGUCAAAGUCCGGGGACAAUGCUGUGAGCAAUGGAUCUGUGACGAACCCAAGAGGGGGCGCAAGACGGCCCCGCGACACGCAGUGGAGGCUUUCCCCACUGAGACCGGGAGCUGGCACAAGAACUGCAUUACCCAGACUACCUCAUGGAGCCCCUGCUCAAAGACCUGUGGCCGCGGCCUGUCCAUGAGGAUCUCUAACGCCAACGAUCAAUGUGAGCUGGUCAAGGAGUCCCGCCUCUGCAACCUGCGGCCCUGCGAGGUCGACAUCACCAAACACAUCAAGCCAGGAAAGAAAUGUCUGAACAUCUACAGGGAAGAUCAGCCCUCCAACCUCACCAUCUCUGGCUGCACCAGCAAGAAGCAGUACAGGCCCAAGUACUGUGGCGUCUGCACCGACGAUCGCUGCUGCAUCCCGUACAAGUCCAAGACCGUCGAUGUGGACUUUGAGUGUCCCAACGGGACCGGAUUCACCUGGAAGAUGUUGUGGAUCCAGGCCUGUUUCUGCAACCUCAGCUGCAAAAACCCCAACGACAUCUUCGCCGAGCUGGGGAGUUACUAUGGUUACCCAGAAGUCAUGAACUAAAGAGGCAACAUGUCAGUUAAGCUCUCUAGCUGGAGAAGCACCUUGACUUAUUUCUGACUUCUUUUUCUCGCGCAAUGUUUUGUAUUUGUAAUGUGUAAGACUAAUGUACAGGGGAUUUUCAUGUUUUUUUUCCUAUUGGAAAAAUCUGUAAAUAUGAAAUAUAUAUUCUUCCCCAGAAUGGAUUCAUAAAGCAUGAUGUGCUUUGCAAAUUAAAAUAUUCAGCCACUGAGUGUGUGAAAUAUUGAAGGCUUAAUUUAUUCAUGUAGCUUUCAGCAUAAUGUAACAUGUGAUGUUCUUGAGCUGCUUUCAGAACAUUGUCUUUAAACUCACAAGCCAACUUAGAUAAUAAGGCUAUACUGUAGAUAUUUCUUUCCUUUUUUUCCCAAUCAGUAUUUCUUUAUAAGGCAGAGAUAAACUGAUAUGCCAAAGGCAAAGCCUUUCCUAAAAAAAAAACACAUCUACAAAUAAAAAAGCCGCAAUGAAAAAGAUCCGUUACAAGGUUUUUAUUGUCUUUUUUUUUAAAUAAAUACAAACUGUUACGUCAUUUUAAUGCUUUUCUAGAGCAUUAGACAGUUGUGCAUCGCAGCUUUACAGAGCUGUGAGUGUAUGUGUUCUACCAAGCAAAAUGUUGCUGUAGUGCAAGUAAAAUACAGGAGUAGGUGUCAGGUAAGUUCUAUGGCUGUCCUCAUGUUAACAUGUGGACCUAUCACUUCACUCACCCAAAAAUCCACCACCACAUAGGAGCAUCUCCUCUAAGAAAUGAACAAUUCCAUGGCACAUCUUUGUUCCAUUGUGAUUGAUUGCAUAGAAAUCAUUAUAAAAAAGAGGAAGCAAAACUUUUUUUGUUGUUGUUGAGGCCAUGGUCCAGUAAUAAAGCUUUUGAAUUUG